GGACACAAACUGCGCUUACUUCCUGAUUCCGAUAACACACGUGUGUAUGUGUUUGAGGAGACAACUGCAGAGAAUUUCCUCAGAACCUGUGUAGAACCUGUUUAGACCCGUUCCCGCUCUGAGUCUGUCCACAGCCUGGUGCUCCGGUACCGCAGCGGGGUCCGCCAUGUUGGAACAAUUGGGUCUGAUCGGGACGAUCCGGGACGAGGAUCAGAGUCCGGAGGAGCCCGACAGCGAGUCCGACCAGGAGGAGGAGCGGAUCAUCCUGAACAGGAAGAAGAAGUUGGGGAGUUCAGGGUCGAGAGACUUUAAUGCUGACUUUGAUUUUGGAGAGAGGGAUGUGAACCAUGAUGACGACUGGGUGAUGGCUGACGUCAUCAAACAACUGAAGAAGAAGAGAACUGUGACGACUCUGGACCAGAAAAUAGAAAAGAUCAGGAAGAAAAGGAAAGUGGAGGAGAAAUCAGCUCAGAGUGAAAAUGCCAAAGGUUCUGCAGAGCAGAACCAUGAGGAUGAUGAUGAAGAGCAGGAUGUGAAGCCUGCUGCAGGACAAGCUGAUGGAGGUGAUGAAGAAGAUGAUGAUGAUGAGGAGGAGGAUGAUGAAGAUGAGUUUGACUCGAGUGAUGAGGAAAUUCUGACCAAAUCUGACACUCUGAGAGAGAAGGAAAAACGGGGGAGGAAGAGGAAGGCCCAAGAGGAGGCUGCAGAGUCAUUCUAUGAAGACGCAUCUCAGUACGACGAUCAGCUGACCUUUGAUGAUAUGAACCUGUCCAGGCCCAUCUUGAAGGCCGUCACAGCUCUGGGCUUCAAGCAGCCGACUCCCAUUCAGAAGGCCUGCGUUCCUGUUGGCCUGCUGGGCAGAGACCUCUGCGCCUGUGCCGCUACAGGGACAGGAAAGACGGCUGCCUUUAUGCUGCCGGUGUUGGAGCGUUUGGUUUAUAAGCCCAGGAUGUCCCAGGUGACCCGGGUCUUGGUUCUAGUCCCGACCAGAGAGUUGGGGAUCCAGGUUCACUCUGUGGCCCGUCAGCUUGCCCAGUUCACCUCCAUCACCACCUGCCUGACUGUUGGUGGGUUGGACCUGAAGUCUCAGGAAGCAGCUUUGAGGGCAGGGCCCGACGUUCUGAUCGCUACACCUGGUCGGCUGAUCGAUCACCUCCACAACACGCCGAGCUUCGAGCUCACACACAUAGAGAUCCUGAUCCUGGAUGAGGCUGACAGGAUGUUGGACGAGUACUUUGAGGAGCAGAUGAAGGAGAUCAUCAGGUUGUGCUCCUAUAACAGACAGACCAUGUUGUUCUCUGCCACCAUGACAGAAGAGGUGAAGGACCUGGCGGCAGUUUCAUUGAAGCAGCCAAUCAGGAUCUUUGUAAACAGCAACACUGACGUAGCUCCGUUCUUGCGACAAGAGUUCGUCAGAAUCCGACCAAACAGAGAAGGAGACAGAGAGGCUGUGGUGGCUGCUCUGCUGACUCGGACGUUCCAGGAUCACGUGAUGUUGUUCACUCAGACGAGGAAACAGGCUCACAGACUCCACAUCCUGCUGGGUCUGAUGGGACUGAAGGUCGGGGAACUGCAUGGAGAACUGAGCCAGAACCAGAGAUUGGAGAACCUCAGGCGUUUUAAAGACGAACAGAUUGAUAUCUUGGUGGCGACAGAUGUCGCAGCCAGAGGUCUGGACAUCGAUGGAGUCAAAACGGUGAUAAACUUCACCAUGCCGUCUACAGUCAAACAUUACGUCCACCGUGUUGGUCGGACGGCAAGAGCCGGUCGUUCAGGACGUUCGGUGUCUCUGGUUGGAGAAUCUGAGAGAAAGAUGCUGAAGGAGGUGGUGAAGUCUGCCAAGAACAGCGUGAAGGCCCGAGUCCUGCCGCCAGAGGUGAUCCUGAAGUUCAGAGACCUGAUCUCUAAACUCGAGAAAGACGUCGAAGCUGUGACGAAGCUGGAGAGAGAGGAGAGAGAGCUGGCUGCGUCUGAGGCCAAGUUGAGCGUGGCUCAGAAGCGUCUUGAUGGUUCAUCCUCAGAGUCUCAGAGAGUUUGGUUUCAAACUCAGCAAGAGAGAAAACAGAGUCGCAUGUCAAAGGCUCUGCAGGAGUUUGAUCUCGCUCUCAGAGGGAAGAAGAAGAGAGAAAAGUUCCUGAAGGAUGGCAGGAAGAAGAAGGAGCUUACGUCUGAGGAGCGCACUCAGUUCGAGAUCUUGAAGGCUCAGAUGUUUGCUGAGCGGGCAGCCAAGAGAGAGAGACGACCAAAGAGAGCGAGAGUGAUGCCCGAGGACGAGACGCCGACUAAAGCAGCCAAUCAGAAAAUGGGAAAAGGAGGAAAGAAGUCAGUGUUUGAUAAAGAGCUGACCAACACAAGCAGCAAGGCUCUGAAACACUACAGAGCUGGACCGUCCUUUGCUGACAGGAAGCGACUUGGUUUGGACAGGAAGCAUCCAGGCAGCUCCAGGUUCAAGAAGAAGAAGUGACAGCCAAGAUGGUCGCCUCAGAAGCUGUUCUCUCCCACAUGAAUUUAUUGUGUUGUGUCUUUGUGUUCAUUGUGUAAAUCUUUUCUUUGUUCAUUAAAUAACUUUUAAAUAAAGUUUCCAUCUGUA